UAACAUGUACAUAAAAGGUAUACGAACAAACGGACUGUGAUGCAAAACGAUCAGUGAACGAAGAACCUUGGUCGCGAUAUGUUGAAAAUACUCUUGCUAGUCUCGCUUUCAGUUGCGUUUGCGACUGAAGAAGAUGAAUUCUUUUUCUACGGCCAUGAGUACAGACGAACGGAACUCGGCGAUGCGGUUGAUAAGGCUUCCAUGAGAUUACUGAAGGAUUUAUAUGAAUCCAGUGAAGAGAAGAAUGUUAUAACUUCACCCUUGGGCGUGCUGACGCUCCUCUCUUUGUACUCAACGGGGACUACUGGAAAGGUUAAAGAGGAAAUCGUCAAAUACCUCGGCUUACCUGAUUAUAAGAAAAUGACGGAAUCGUACAGUUCACUGACAGAGAAAUUUACCUCCAUGAACCCUGAUUUCUUAACCAUGGCUAAUAAGGUGUGCGUGGCAAGUCGAUACGAGUUAGCCGACGAGUUCACGAACGUAGCUACACGUGAUUACCACAGCGAAGUACAGGCUCUCAACUUCACUAAUCCUAGUGAAGCUGCCAGAAUUAUUAAUGAGUGGGCGGAUCAGAAGACUCGUGGCAACAUAAAGGAACCAGUUGACAAAGACACGUUUCCUCCAGAGACGGCGGCCGCUCUAUUUAAUAUCAUAUUCUUCCAGGGUCACUGGCAUGUACCAUUCGAAAAGACGGACACCGUCGACAAGAAGUUCCAUCUCAGCGCGACAGAAUCUGUAGACAAACCAACGAUGCAUUUACUGCAGUCCUUGUUCUACCACGAAGACCGUGAAUUGGGCGCUAGAAUGAUUGAACUGCCGUACAAAGAGGAGGGCUUCAGAAUGGUGAUAGUGCUGCCGGAUGCAGUGGAUGGUCUAUCUGCGGUGCUGGACAAAUUGGCGCAGAAGGGGAUGCUGGAGGACGUGUUCGCUAUGAGCCCGCCCGGACAGGACGUGGACAUCGACAUGCCUAAAUUCGAAGUCAAGUCCAAGUUCAAUCUAAAGAACGUCUUGGUAAAGGAAGGGUUAAGUAGUAUAUUUAACCAGCCAGCUGAAGAGAUCGUGAAAGGCCAAGGAGUGGAAGUGUCCGAAGUGUUCCAGGAAGCAUUCGUUAAGGUCGACGAAGAGGGCGCCACUGCUGGGGCUUUUACUGGGGUUGUUUUGGUGGCUACAUCUCUGUUGUCGCAGCCGCCACCGCCGCUACCCUUCAAGGUGGACCGCCCCUUCCUCUACGCCAUCUUGCAUCAGGACAUCGUGUUGUUUGUCGGCACAUACACGCACUAGGUUUGACUGAAAAACUACUGUUCAGCUGACAACCACUACUAAGUGUAUCAAGAUACAGGGCUGUUUCAAAUUCACAUUCAUUGCUAGAAAUUCGAAUAAAUGUUUUAUUCAUAAGUUAAAUUGCAUUAAUAAGUUAAAUAUAUCAUUCCUAAUAUU